AUGCAUCCUCCACUGCUCUUCCUCUUCGCAGGGCGUGUGAAGCUUGUCGUUUUCGCAAGCGAGCAGAAGAUCGACCUUAAAGAUCACCACCUCGAAACCAUAACCCAACUACUACAUGAUCUUCAGACUCUAUCGCCCUCUCCUGGAGCUUGCUCUACUACGUCAAUGCCCCCUGCCCCCCUUAGGGUUGACACUGCAAACCCUGCAAUCAUGGCAUCGUCGUCAACUUCAAUCGACGGAACAUCCAAGCCGACGACUGUAGAAACCCCAUUCAUUGUUGAAAGGUUGUCUGUUGCCUCCCAUUCCGCUUUUCCCAGAAGCUUGCCUCAACAGGCGGUUCACAAUGGGCGUUUGCAGGGUCUAGAUCUCGAUAUAAAUGAGACACUAGACUCACUGCACUGCAUUCUUGGCGCAUUCAGACAGCAGACCUCAAAAACCGAGAUGUCUUAUCCUCUCGCAGAACCAUCACUGCGUCCUUCUUUUCGUGGACGUGAAAUGCCACCAAUCGAGAAAGCAGUAGCUCUACUGCACAGUACCAAAGAUUUCUCCGAGGCCGACUUUAUCAUUGCCAACUCUGGCCUUUUACAACUAUUUAUUGAGAAAUCUGAAGAAAUGCCCGACAAGACUGAAAGCCUCAACUAUGCCCAUACAUGCCGCACUAACCUUGAGACAGCACUGGUUAACUUGCCUCUACAUCUACCUGCAACUUUGGACAUGAUCUCAGCCCUCCUACUAGGCGCUUUCCAUACCAUCGAAAUCUCAAAGCCAUCACUUUGCUGGACUUUGUCGUCAAAGGCAUCUGAGUUAUCCCAGACUCUCGGCUACCAUCGGAUUCCUUCUAUAAAGGAAGGUGUUGUCGCCGAAGAGAAGAGGCAUGCGCAACUCCUCUUCUGGUUCACGUACUUCAUCGAUAAGAGCCUGUCGCUACGCUUAGGGCGGGCCUCGACGAUUCAAGACUGGGACGUUACCACCCCGAUGAUUUCAGAACCUGGCACCUGCUCCCUAAUUGAUGUUAGCAUAACUAUGUGGAUCAACACGGCGCGAUGUCAGGGCAAGAUCUACGAGAGUCUGUACAGCCCAGACUCUAUCACGCAACCCGAUCAUGUACGGAAAUCUCGAGUCCAGACGAUCUCAAAUGACCUGUAUAAACUAGCGCGGGAAGCCUGCCACAUGAGGGUGAAGCUUGCUUGUGAUUGUGGCCAGGCGCAGUUGGGCGUUUGGUUUUUAGGUCCAACUGCUAACAUGUUCAAUGAUAAUUACUUCCAGAAAGCCAGGGACACACUUGUUCACCGCCUGAUUGAGUACAUGACUCUCUCAGAUGAUGUCUUACGCCUAUCGCUCCUCAUCCUAGUGUAUCGCGCAAGCCCAACUCCCCCAGGAUCCCCCGUCCGCCUUCAUCCCAGACUGCCUUGA